AUCUAUGCGCGUUGCUGUCGUUAACAAACUGUUUCUAACGAACCGCCAUAAAUUGCGGGUUUUCGAUUUUUAUCAAUUAAAUAAAUCUCUUACGCUAUGGAUAAACCAGAACAGAUCAAUAUUGAAAUCGCCUGUACAAAAGGAUUCAACAAAAAGCUGCCACAUUCCGACCUGCAGCAGGCAAUCCAUUUGUAUCUCGCGGAAAAUAAAAAUAUUGUUAAGGACCAUGUUUUUCAUGUUAACUACGCACACGUUGAAAGUAUUAUGGUUUGUGACGAAAUUACGGAGAUGACCCCGCGGACAAAUUUGUGUCUAUAUACGUAUCUGCUGUCCGAAGGGACAGGCGAGGAAGAAACCGUCCAACAGGACGGAGACGAAGUCCAGGUUUCGAAUCAUUGGUUGCUUCCGGCCAGAGAAUUCCACGGUUUGUGGGAAAGUUUAAUUUACGAAGACGACCUAAAAGAAAAUCUGUUGAGUUUCGUGCAGACGACUAUGCUUUUCUCGAAGAAGAUGGUGAACGUGAAUCUUGUCGCCUGCAACAGGCUUAUUCUUUUGCACGGUCCACCUGGGACAGGGAAAACAAGCCUCUGUAAAGCAUUGGCCCAAAAGCUAGCGAUCCGAAUGACAAAUCAUUACACCCAUGCGCAUCUAAUCGAGAUCAACAGUCACAGUCUAUUCUCGAAAUGGUUCUCCGAGAGUGGGAAACUGGUGCAGAAGGUUUUCGGUCAGAUUCAUGAUCUCUGCCAAGACCGGUCCUCGCUGGUGUGCGUUCUAGUGGACGAAGUGGAAUCGAUUGCAUUCGCUAGGGAAUCAAUCUCGAAUAACGAACCAAGCGACAGUAUUCGAGUGGUGAAUGCGGUGCUGACGCAGCUGGACCGAAUCCGAAAGUAUCCGAAUGUGUUUGUGUUGGCUACCUCGAAUUUGACCACCAGCAUAGACAUAGCGUUUCUGGACCGGGCCGAUAUUGUGCAAUUCAUUGGUAAUCCCACCGUGGCAGCGAUUUACGAAAUUUACCGAUCGGCGUUAGAGGAUUUGCAAAAUGUGGAUAUUAUAAAAGAUGCGGAAGCCCUACCGACUUAUUUGGAGGCGAAUGUCGACACGGUUGUAAGCAAUAAUAUGAAAAUUGUGUCGGAGCUGAGUCUGGGAUUGAGCGGAAGAAGUUUGAGAAAGGUUCCUUUUCUAGCUCACGCUCUGUUCGUGAAGCAGGAAGAAACGACGCUACUUAAAUUUUUGAGUGCUAUGAGGAAUGCCAUUCGUAGGAUGCAGAAUGAUAAACGAAUGCUGGGAGCUGAGAAGCGACCAUCGAGUAUACCUAACGCAGAUUCUUCGGCUUGUGAGAGCAGUACUAGUAGAGGGGUUGAUAGUGGUGUUGUGAGCAUGUAGUUGCUUUGUAGUUUAAUAAGACAUGUGUAGGAACAAAUGUAGGCAAAUUUCAAAUGAAAUGAUCCUGAAUAGAACACAAUCAAUAUUUAGCUCUUAAUAUCACCAUUAAACAUGCCAUGUUAGCAAUAAAGAAUAAAUGAUGUAUUUCUCGCAAAUGUUAUAUUUUCUUACUAGCUGACCCGGCAAACUUCGUCCCGCCCAAAAUUUGUUUGUUGUUAUCAAUACCUUCAAACAUUCAUGUUUUCUUACUAUGAGCAAGCUCAUGGGUCCAAUCGCAGGACUGUUCAUUGAUUGAUCUUCUAUUCGACCCCGUUGAA